AUGCUCGUUGCUCACAGUUGCGCGCUGCUGGGCGAGGGGAAAAGUCGCAGAAGAAAUUUUAUACCACAAGAACGGAAUUUCCGUGGCCAAAUAACAACAAUCAGCCAGCAGUUCCUGCAAGAAGGAGUUAGCCAGCGCAGGAGGAUUCAGCUAGGAUAGCGCCAGGACAAUUUGGCUGCACUUCAGAGCCUCCAGUUGCACUGGGUAGCUGAUUUCAGCUGGAGGUGGCGGUGGGUGGUGCUCUUAUCGGCCUGCGAUUUCUUCCAUGCCCGCUGCGAUAACAGCCAGGCGGACCUGCCUGUCCAGCGCUACAUCAUGGGCUGCAUCACCAGCAGCAGCAAGUUAAACGAGCUGCGCGGUCAUGAGAAUGUGUUCCGAGUGCGAGUGGCUCACUUGCAGCCCACUCCGGGUACACCCAUCAUCCGGAGUGGCUACCUGGAGCUAACGCCCCGAGAACUGAUAUUCCAGACGCCUGGCUGUGAGCCCAUUGUCUGGGCACUGCAACAUCUCCGACGUUACGGCCUGAAUAACGAUCUCUUCUCCUUCGAAGCAGGACGCAGGUGCAUGUCUGGGCCAGGGAUUUACACCUUUCGUGUCCACAAUGCCGAGCAGCUGUAUCCGAUGUUCCAGCGCUACAUCAACGCGGUGAAUACAGAUGCCUUUGUGCAGGGCGAACGAGAAAGAGUUAACUCCGCUCAUUCGGUGUCCGUGAAUAUGGGCAGAACUGAGGGCAAUAAUUACCUAGAGCCGGCUCCCUUAAUGAGCCGCCAGCUGGGCAACUUUCACAGUGAGCCUUCGAGCAGCAGUGCAUCGUAUCCGCUGCAGGCUAAUGACUCGCAAGUCGAAGACUCCCCGCCCAAUUUGCAAUCACCAGUCCUCAUACCCAGUGCCUAUUUGGAUCAGCCAUUGCGAGCUUUGCAGGACUGCUGUCUGGAAGGCGCCGCCACGGAUUUGCUCUCCACCCCGCCCUCUGGCAAUAGAUUGACAACACGAAGGCGCACUAUGGACCUUCCUCCCCUGGAAUCCGCCCCGGCACCUGCUCCAGUUCUGAGUCCCAACGAUGCCAUGCACAUGUACGCCAAUGUGGAAGCUUUGAUUUUUGAUCUGAGCAAUGAGCGCUGCUAUGAGAACGUAAAUCGCUUGGAACUGCCACUGCUGCCGAGGGAACCAAUUUCCACUCAGGAGCCGGCCACGCCCACCAGCUUGGCGGGCAGCUGCGGAGUAAACUAUAUAGUGCUUGAUCUUGAUCAACCGCGAAGUCCUGUGGGACCGGCGGGUUCACCCAAAGCGAUCAAUGGAUUUGGCAGCGGCUUAUCACUGAUCUCCACACCAGCACCUGUCACUGCCCCAGUGACUCCUGAGGCAGGUACUACGUUGGACGUUCCCCCACCACCCAUGCAGACCCAAAGCUUGAACAGCAUCUCUGGUGAUGCGGGAGAUUCACAAGCGAAGAAGGUAACAGAAUGCUCCGGGACCCAAGGCUACUCAACCAUCGACUUCAUCCGCACUUACGCGUUGAACAAGUCGUCGACUGAACUGCCAGAAACAGUGACGCAUCGCCAGCAUUCGUCGCACGAUGCCGAGGAGCUGAGAAUCACCAGGCACAGCAAGUGCAUACGAAAGGCGUACUCCAUAAGUGAGUGAAAUGAAGGCAGCAGAAACAGGAUUGGUGGAGAACGAGUGCACAACGAAUUUACAGAAACCAUAAUGGCAACAGAUCGCUGGCGAAAUAGACCAUAUAAGUUAAGGAUCUAACCCCACAUUAAUUUGUGCCAAAUCUGACUACACAAAGAGCUCUUGAAAGCCCUUAUCCUGUCGAUCGGCUGUAAGCAAUGUCGGCUUGAUUCAGAAUUAAAGAGGUAACCCAGAAAGAAAACACAGCCGGAUUGAAAAGAGUACAAACGUAAAAGAACAGUGUCCCCAAGAGUUGCUAGGGCCUAAUUGUUAAAUGUUCGAUUUAAAACGAAUAAUGCUGACCAACUAAAAUAAUGAAAAUUCCAAACAUGAAUCGAACUAAAGCACAUACUAUGCAACUAGAAGUUUGAGCAGAUCAAAUAGAGGAUAGCUUGCUUAGAGUAUGAAGAUAAACUACUGAAAUAAACCACACAUGGGAUCAAUCAGGAUUUUAUUAAAGAGAUUGGUUGAUCAGCAUUAAAUAUUUUAUAAUUUUCAAAUAAGCUUCAUGACGUUUUAAGCUUUGUUGCACAGAAAUUUUCGCGAAGCUGGUACUUCUGAUUUUGAAAGGCACACUUAACAAAGAGUUUGAUAAAAUGAAAAUGGAUCUCUCUCGAAUUGGGGAGUAAAAAGCUAUGGAGAUUGAUGAGAACGUGUUGCACAACGAAUUUACUGCACGAGAUUGUGGUAAAGUGAAAUUUGAAGAGUGAUUUGUCCAAAGAUCUGUUUGCUUCCACCUGCGCCAAGCUAGAAGGCAAACGAGUAACAAUAUUAUAACCAGGUUGUUUUGUAGUCAGUACAGUAAACUCACACAGCCAAAAACACAUAGACAUGAAUUGCAUACGUACAUAACUUGUAUUUAAGGAUAUUACCAUAGCAUUACCUAGUGAUUAGUUCAUUUAUGCAAUUGCCAGCGGCUGUUUAGAGCUAGUCAUUUUUGAUUUUGUGCAUAUAAAAUAGUGAGCUUUUAACAUUAAAAUUGUACAUGGUAGAUACUUAAGAGUAGCUCAUAAGCACCAGAAAAUACAUCACCGACGUACACGUACGUUUGUUGUUGGCCAAGGCUUUGAAAUUGUAUUUUGUUGCCAAAAAAGAAAAAAAAAAUUGAAAAACAAUGGUAGAAAGCAUCGCGUUGCAUUGUCCGCUGUGAGUUUAUAAUUUUUUACAUAUAUAUAUAUCGCUGAAUUGUUAUUCAAUUUGUUAGGAGUUAUAUACACUGAUUGCCACACGGAGCAUUCAAAUUGAUGUUCUUGCAGUUGCAUUCAUUUACAUACUUAAGAUCGCUGCUUAGUCGGUGGCAUAAACUAAAUUAUUGUUAGUGUCUAAGACGAAAUAUGUGCAAUAAAGCUCAAAUGACCCUGUCAAUUAAAUGUGUA